AUGAUUUGUUUUUAUUACUUAAGUUUUUCUCUGCUCUCGGCAGUUUUGGUGAAUAGUGCUUUAAUUCCCAAUAACAGAGUUAUUGUCAAUAAUGAUUCUGACGAUUAUACUUUGGUAGAGGGAGUUAGUUAUAAUAUUGUACAUUUGAGGACUCAUAGGAGCUUAAAUGACGACGGGAAUUAUGACAUAUACGCCAGACAAUCACCUUCAUACUGGACCAUUCGGAAAGUUUACGGUAGUCUGUAUAAUAUCGUACAUAUGAUUUCUGGCAGGAAUUUAGACAGCAAUACCGACAGAGUUUAUACCAGUACACCGGAAGAUAAUAACCCUUAUCAACAAUGGGAAAUUACAAAGGUUGAGAAUAAUACAUUUAAUGUUGAGCAUUUGAUGUCUCAAUAUCGGAAUUUAGAUAGCAAUGGUAAUUCGGUAUAUAUUGGAGCCAGUAACGACGAGAACAAUCCUUUUCAACGCUGGUCAUUUGAACCUGCAAAUUAUAAAUUGAACGCAUUAGUGACAGAGUUUACAUACCCUUCAGAUUUAAAGGAUAAACUGGAUCAGUAUAAAAAACGUACCAAACUUUUACUUAGUAAUAUUACAAUCAAGAACCCAACAAAUGCAACGAUAACAACAACCAUUGAAAGGAUCGAAAAGAAAGUGAAUAAUUAUGCUAUGGAGAUUAAGAAGUCAGAAUUCUUAGGCGAUAGAGUUAGCGAGGCAGUGAGUGCCUCAUUUCGUUUGAGUGGAACUAUUUUCAAGCUGUUAGGGUUAAACACGGAUUUCACUCGUGGGGUUGAACGUCAAUUCGGAUCAAAUUAUGAAAAGGUAUAUAGAGAAAGUAUAGUAGAAGAAGUUACAUAUGGGAUAAAAGAGCAAGUUGUCGUUCCGCCUUUUAAUGCAAUUGAAUUUGGGGCAACAAUUGAUAAGGUUAGUAUUGAUAUCCCCUUCAAAGCAAAAAUUCGAAUUACUGGAAAAGCGGAUCGACUGGACGAGAGUGGAAAUGUUGUUCCGAUGACUGACGUUGAUAUCGACGCACUUAAAUGUUAUCUUCAGAAGGAAAAUUACAAUAUUAUAAGCGUAAUGGAAGAAGAUAAUUCCCUUCUUGUCAAUACGAUUGGCACUCUAAAAGUAGAUGGAUAUGGAUUGGCUUCAACGAUUGAAACAAAGCCCAUUUCGGGAUAUAUUCCUUCAACUUCUGAGGAUGGUUUAAUGAUUACAUUUAGAGUAAUUUAUAUUGCAAGUGUUUUAUUUGCUAUUGUUUAUCUUGUUGGAAGAUAUUUACAUAACCGACGUCUUGGAAAAAUUAAAUUACCUAUGUAA